AUGUCGAACAAAACUCCAGCCUACAUCCUCUCCGUAACCGCUGGCCCUACCUACAACUCCUCGACCCACAACCCAGUCAUUGUCAAUUCUCCCGUCGCCCACCUCAUAGAAACAGAGCACGCAACCAUUGAUCUCCGCGUCCGCAUCCAAGACUUCACAGGUCUUCCCCGCACCUCUCCCCGCACAUCUCCCUACUUCUCGCAUCCAAUCCAUAGAAACGACCAAUACUCCAUUGCCAUCUCACUAGUCCCCAAACACGCUGUGCGUGGCACAGAUCUGGUUUUCGGCAACGAUUUUGACCACCCCAUCCGCCAUAACCUGCCGCCAGGCACGAACAAAGCGCUGAAGAUUGUCAAGUGGACCAUCGACCCAGGAUUGGAGGGCGAUGCAUAUGCGGAUCGGCCGUAUUUGUAUGGGCCUGCGUUAUCGAGUUGGAAUUUCCUGAGGAUUUGUGAUGUUGGGGAAGGCCGGAAUUUGAAGGUGGAAGAAGAGGUUAUUCAAGAAGGCGGAGAGGGCGGUGGUGAGGAGGUGAGGAGGAAGUUGGAUAUUCCUGAUGAUGCGGUGAGGAGGAGAAAGUUUUUCCUGGAUAAGGCGAAUCGCGAGCGAUUUGUGUUUGAGGAAGGGAGGUUGUAUAAGGCAGAUUUUGGGAAUGGGUAUUUGGGGUUUAAUGAUUUUUCUCUUCGACUCCCCGGCUUCAGCAUCAAAGUCACCAAAUACAUUAACGUUAAAAACCAUCAACUCCGCUACGUGUUGAAGAACAAGCGCACUGGCGAUGUGUAUUUUGUGGUGCUCUUUACAUUGCUUCUGGAUGGUGAUGGUAGGGAGUGGGAAGGCGAGGAGAUUGGAGUUGCUGAUGAUGGUGGUAGCGGUGAUGAUGUUGACAAUGGUGACGAUGACGACGAUAGCGAUGAUGUUGAUAAUGAUGAUGACGAUGAUGAUGGAGGAGGAAACAAAGAUAAGUAUAUUGACAACGAUGAGGGCGUCGAUUGA